AGAAUAAAAACAGCAACACCAGACAGACGAGGGAAAAAAAGCAAAGUGAUCCAUUGAACCAGAGUCAUUGCCCUCUCUUAAAUUACGUAGAGUCUCGUAUCUUUUUCCUUUUUUCACCUUUCCCCCCCCCCCGCUCUGCAAGACUUUGGGCUUGAGGUAAUUAGCUUGAAGAGAAUAAAACCAGCUGAUCGAGAGAGGGGUGGUGCAUUUUGGAGCGAGAUGGCUAACAGAAACAUUCUGUGGCUCUUCUGUGGACUCUUCCUCUUCGCACUGAUUCAGCCCUCUCUUCAAGGAGGUGUAUAUGUACCAGCUGGUGCUGGGAUUGGACCAGGAGGCACUGGAACAGGAACUGGAUUCUUUCCAGGGUCUACUGGAGGAGUCCCCUCAGGCUAUAAACCAGCCAAAGCUGCAGGAGGCUAUGGAGGAGGAGGCCAUGGUGUAGGUGUGGGCCCAGGUGGAUUUGUGCCAGGAGGUGUUGGGCCUGGUGGCUUGGGCAUUGCAGGACAAGGUGGAAAGGCCCCUAAACCAGGUUAUGGCAAUCUAGGAGGUGGUGGUCUUGGAGGUGGAGGUCUUGGAGGUGGUGGUCUUGGAGGAGGUGGUUAUGGUGGGUACGGUGGAGGCACUGGGGGCUUUUUCCCUGGAGCUGGACAGAAAGCUGCCAAAAGAGGUGCAGGGGGCCAUCAGCUACCACAGGGAGGAGGAGGUCCUGGAGGCGCAGGAACGGGGGCUGCAUUGCCUGCUGGAGUACCUGUUAUUCCUCAGACAGGCCUUCCAGGAGGAGCUGGUGGUGGCUUGGGAAAGAAAGCUUCCAAAGUGCCAGGUGUGGGUGUGCCUGGACUUUACCAAGGUGGACUGGUGCCAGGACAAGGGUUUGGUGGACGUGGAGUUCUGCCAGGGGUGCCAACGGGCACUGACCUGAAUCAGAAAUCAAUUGCAGGUGGAGGACAAGGAGGAGCUCAAGUACCAGGAAACCGUGGGUACGGUGGACAGAUGCAACCAGGAGUGUUCCACGGAUACCCCCUCAAAUCCCCCAAGGUGCAAGGUGGAUAUGGAGCAAAACCUGGAGGAGGGAAAAUUCCUUUUGGUUAUGGGGGCUUUGGAGGCGGUGGAGCUGGACUUCCAGGAGGAGGUUCAAAUCCUGGUUAUCCGGUUGGAACUGGAGUGGGGGCAGGAGGCAUCUCACCUGCUCAAGCUAAAGCUGCCAAAUAUGGUUUGGGUGGCGCUGGUGGUGUUGGUGGUGUUGGUGGCACUGGGGGACUGUAUCCAGGGCAGGUACCAGGAGGAGUGGGGGCAGGAGGCAUCUCACCUGCUCAAGCUAAAGCUGCCAAAUAUGGUUUGGGUGGCGUUGGUGGUGUUGGUGUUGGUGGUGUUGGUGGCACUGGGGGACUGUAUCCAGGGCAGGUACCAGGAGGAGUGGGGGCAGGAGGCAUCUCACCUGCUCAAGCUAAAGCUGCCAAAUAUGGUUUGGGUGGCGUUGGUGGUGUUGGUGGUGUUGGUGGCACUGGGGGACUGUAUCCAGGGCAGGUACCAGGAGGAGUGGGGGCAGGAGGCAUCUCACCUGCUCAAGCUAAAGCUGCCAAAUAUGGUUUGGGGGGUGUUGGUGGUGUUGGUGGUGUUGGUGGCACUGGGGGACUGUAUCCAGGGCAGGUACCAGGAGGAGUGGGGGCAGGAGGCAUCUCACCUGCUCAGGCUAAAGCUGCCAAAUAUGGUUUGGGUGGCGUUGGUGGCGUUGGUGGUGUUGGUGGUGUUGGUGGCACAGGGGGACUGUAUCCAGGGCAGGUACCAGGAGGAGUGGGGGCAGGAGGCAUCUCACCUGCUCAAGCUAAAGCUGCCAAAUAUGGUUUGGGUGGUGUUGGUGGUGUUGGUGGUGUUGGUGGCACUGGGGGACUGUAUCCAGGGCAGGUACCAGGAGGUUUGGGUGUCGUUGGUGGUGUUGGUGGUGCUGGUGGUGGUGGCACUGGGGGACUGUAUCCAGGGCAGGUACCAGGAGGAUAUGGGGCUGGGGCGAAGGCUGCUAAAUAUGGAACAGUACCAGGUGGGGUACCAGGAGGAGUACCAGGAGGAGUACCAGGAGGUGCACCCAUUGGAGUACCAGGAGGAGUUCCCAGAUUACCAGGGUUUGGUGGAUAUUCACCAGCAGCCAAAGCCGCUAAAUAUGGAGGAACAGGAGGACAAGUUGGAACAGGAGGACAAUUCGGAAUUGGAGGACAAUUCGGAACUGGGGGACAAUUUGGAAGAGGAGGACAAUUCGGAACUGGUGGACAAUUCGGAACAGGAGGACAAUUUGGAAAUGGAGGACAAUUUGGAAAUGGAGGACAAUUAGGAACAGGGGGAUACUCUCCUGCUGCCAAAGCUGCUAAAUAUGGUCAAGGUGAUGGUGGUUUUGGUGGUGGAGGAAAUCCUGCAGUCCCAUUUCUACCAGGAUAUGGAUCUUUGGCGGCUGGUGCCAAACCUCCUAAAUAUGGAGUUGCAGGAGCAGGCCAAGGAGGAGGCAGAGUUCCAGGGUCAGCAGGACAGAUACAACCUGGCUUUGGCGGCUAUGGAGGCUAUGGAGCAGGAGCGGGAGUCAAACCCCCUAAGUAUGGGGCACUAGGAGGACUGGGAGGUGGAGGAGGACUGGGAGGUGGAGGAUACCCUGCUGCAGCUGCUGCUGCUAAAGCUGCUAAAUAUGGAGGAGCAGGAGGAGCAGGACCAGGGUUAGGAGCUGGAGGAUUUGGAGGACCAGGAGGAACAGGAGGAAUAAUACCAGGAGCAGGUGGACAAUACUCUGCUGCUGCAAAAGCUGCUAAAUACGGAGGCAUCACCGGAGUCGGACUUGCCGUGCCAGGAGCUACUCCAGCUACAGCUGUCGGGGGUGGUCCAGAUGGUUCUGCUGUUGUGUCACCUGGUGGUACAGGUGUUCCAGGAAAACCAGCAAAGGAUGCAUUUCCCGCUGGAACUCCUCUACCAGACCUCACAGCUAUUCCUGCAAAUGGCACGGCCCCCGAGGUCCUGCAGCCCAGCGUCGCUGGUGGAAUUCUUCAGCCUCAUGCUGGCACGAGUGUUGGUGGAGUGGGUGUUGCAGCACCAGUUGCUGUUGCAACCGGAGUCCAACAACCAGGAGGUGUUCCCACUGGCACAGGUGUCAAAGCACCUAAACCAUUUGUACCAGGUACUGGAGGUGGAUAUCCCAAUGGUGGAACAUAUGGAGUUCCUUAUGGUGCAGGUACCGGCACUGGAGCUGGAACUCGACUUCCAAUUGGAGUUGGAGCGUUUCCUUUGAAACCUCCAGCUGUGGGUGGAACAGGAUUUGGAGCAGGAAUCCCACUGGCAGCAGGAAGUUAUCCAGGCGGAUACAGUCCAUAUCAUCAUGGUUAUGGACAGGGUGGGUUGACAUAUCCCUCUGCAGUUGGACUGGGAGGUGCUGGUGGUGGAGCUAAUGCACAGAGACCAGGCUACGGCAAUCUUGGAGGAGGAGGUGGAUAUCAGCCAGGUGCGGUUCCUGUAGCUCCUGGUUAUGGAGGAGGUUACCCCCAGCAGUACUACCCAGGAGGAGGAUUAAUGUCCAACUGCCAGCAGCCAGGUGGAUAUGUACCAGCCCCUCUGACUCCUCAACAAGCCAAAGCAGCCAAGUACGGCCCACUGCAGGGCUUCCUCGGUGGAGCAGGAGGAGGAAGAGUCUAUGUAGGUGGAGCUGCAGGAUGCCAGGGCAAAUUCUGCGGGAGGAGGAAGUAGAGGAUCUCUUGAGACUCCAGCGUGACCUCAAGAAACAAUGGUGCUACUGCAUGAUUGAGAAUGUACAUUUUAUAUGCAAACGAACCCCAUUAGACAAUGUGUAAAGAUUUUUUUUUUUUUUUUACUGACUUGACUUCCACGUCUGUUUUUAUACAAACCCACCGACCCACAGUCUUGUACACGUUCUGAUGUGACGUAUGUUAUUGAUAGUGCCUUUAAUCAUUAAUGUGGUCAAGUUAGUCAGCUUUAACUCCACGUACUGCGCCAGCCUACUUAAAAUACAUAGUGUGUUUGUGUCACCGUGUGUGGAAAUGUGUGUGUGUGUGUGUGUGUGUGUUGCUUUGGCAUAUGUUCGUUGUGCACUGUUGUGCGAAAGACUGUCUGAAUCAUCGCCUGCCGAUGUGACCUGCAAAUGAUUCCCCUUUGGUUUUUUAAUCCUAAAGCAAGGUGAUCUGUCCUCAGUGCCGCGGCCCACACUGUCACACCUCACUGUGCAGAUCUCCUCUCUGACAAAUCACAGCGGCGGGGUUGGUCGAGGCUCGUCUAAAAAAACGGAUGAAAUCUGGCCAAUCUCGGCAUCGUCACUGGCUCCACCGUCCUCUCUCUCCUGCUAUUUUUAGGCAUGCUGGGUAAAAGGCAGCGGGAAACGAGGCUUCCGGCCAACCCAUCUGCUCUGCGAGAAACUUUGCUGAUUCUUGUUGCUACUGUAUGCAGUUCGGUUUUCUCAGCAUUUUUAAUGUUGCCAAACUUGGGAUGUAUGAAGAGCAGCUCCUGCUCUGAGGAAAGGUCAUGCUGAAGACAAUCAAAAAGAGGUUCAUUCAUUUCAGGAUGUUUUAAAAACCACAGAAAGCAGUGCAUGUACAUUAUGUAUGUAUGAAUGCUUCAUUAUGUGUCGCUGUCCUAACGUACAGCAUGUAUGAAUGUUGUGUCACAUGUUUAGUCUCAUUGCAGCAGUUAUUUCCAUUUAUGUAACUUGUCAUUACAUGAUUAUUCAAGAUUUUCUUUGCACCAUGUUUUGACUGAUAGCUUUAUUGCUAUCAGGAAUGUGUGAACAUAAAACGAGAACAAUCCUUUGCUUUAGCAUUUAUUUACUGUUAAGUUUUGUAACACAUGAGUAAGACUUUGACAGAUGGGAGAGUCCACAGUUUGUGUUAAGAGCUCCCAUUGUACUACAUUUACUUGAGCUGCUUUCAAAAAAAAAAGGCUUUACUGACCAAAGGCUCAUGAGCGCUUUUGCCAAGUGACCCCAUCUCUUUCUGUAAUUGUGUACUGUAUUUUGUACUAAUUUGAUGUUCGCCGGCUUCAGUUCCUUCACUCGGUGCUGUGUGAGGACUGUCUUUGAGCCUGCCUCGUGUGCCGUGGGAUACUCUUCAUCUUUAUUUAAAACUGUUUUUAUAAGGAGGAACAGUAUGGUUUUGCACUUUUUAUAUUUCCAUGACACACAUGUGACUUGUUCCCGGAUAUCCCGGCAUUUUAUUUGCUUCAUUAAAUAACAAAAUAAAAUGUGUUUAAAGAUA